UAUUUGACACUAAAUGUGCCUUUGUAAUCUGUUUCAGUCUUCCAAUGAGCAACCGCAUGAGGAAGAAAAUGCAGAAAAAGACGUCCUACGAGAAGACAAAAGAGGAAUUUGAGUCAGUGGAAGAAAAACGGAAAAAGAAGAAAGAGGAUUUCCUGACAGACAAGCAGCAGAGAGACGAAGCCAUCAAGAAGUACAAACAGAAAAAGGAGGAGACUUUUCAGAUACUCAGCAAAAAGACGAAAAAAGGACAACCCAAUCUGAAUUUACAAAUGGAGUAUUUGCUUCAAAAGAUCACUCAAGGAGCUGGGAAAUGAGUCUCAAUGAAGAAUAUAUGGGACCCUGCCUGUAUUCCAUUGCGCGUUAAAAAAACAAACAGAGAUUACCCAAGGACGACCAGGAUUGAACUUUUCACACAAAAAUAUCUCUUUUCAGUGCUGAUUUAUGUUUAGAAUGGUGUUCUGCUCUUUUUUCAGUAUUUUGCCCCAGGAAAAAUAAAACUGUUAAUUUUUAAUAUCAGACCACAAGGUGGCAUUGUAAAACAUGAGGAGAAGGGAAAAUGUGCUUAUGUAAGCUAUUAUUAUUACACAAUAAAUGUUUUAUCUUUCUGUAA